CACAAAUUAAAAAAAAAAGAAGAACUUUCCUCUUUCUUCAUCUCCUAUCGGACUUGGACACAGCAGAUCGGACAAUCUCAAAUCUUCUUUUCCUUCUCUGAUCUUUACUUCUCCGACAGAUUCAAUGAAGCUGUAAGAGAACCCUAGAGAUUAGAAAAAAAUAAUUCAAAAUUUAUCUUAGGAGCUGGAGACCUGAAGUUUGGUGUCUGUCUGAUCUGUCUGAGAGAAAGAAAGGACGUGUCUUUUCAUCCUUGUCUCAAAUCCUAGCUGGACUUCCACAUCGAUUCGUGCUUCCUUCUUUGUAGCUCAUUAAAAAACGAUGGGAACGAGCGAAGAAAAGACGCCGUUUAAGCCUACUUCCAAACCAGCAUCUUCGGCACAGCAGGACGUUCCUCCCACACCGUAUUCAGACUGGUCAAACUCGAUGCAGGCUUAUUAUGGCGGAGGAGGUACUCCAAGUCCUUUUUUCCCUUCCCCAGUUGGAUCUCCUAGUCCUCACCCUUAUAUGUGGGGUGCUCAACAGCAUAUGAUGCCGCCUUAUGGGACCCCAGUUCCGUAUCCAGCAAUGUAUCCCCCAGGGACAGUCUAUGCCCAUCCUGCCAUGCCCAUGCCUCCGGCUUCUGGUCCAACCAACACGGAGACGGUGAAAGAUCAACCCUCUGGCAAGAAGUCAAAGGGGAGCUUGAAAAGAAAGGGCGAGAAGGCGCCUUCUGGUUCAGGGAACGAUGCUGUAUCUCAAAGUGACGAAAGUGUCACAGCUGGUUCAUCUGAUGAAAAUGCCAACCACCAGGAACAAGGUUCAGUUAGGAAGCCAAGCUUCGGACAGAUGCUGGCUGAUGCAAGUUCUCAGAGUAAUACUACUGGUGAGAUCCAAGGUUCCAUGCCCAUGAAGCCAGUGGUCCCGGUGACUAAUCUGAAUAUGGGGAUGGACUUAUGGUCUUCCCAGGCUGGCGUAGCUGUGAAGGAUGAAAGAGAGCUCAAGAGGCAGAAAAGGAAACAAUCUAACCGUGAAUCCGCUAGGCGGUCCAGAUUGCGCAAGCAGGCGGAAUGCGAGCAGCUUCAACAGAGAGUAGAGAGUUUGACGAGUGAGAAUCAAACCCUGAGAGAUGAGUUACAGAGACUAUCCGGAGAAUGUGAGAAGCUCAAGACUGAGAACAACUCUAUUCAGGAUGAGUUGGUGAGAGUGCAUGGGCCAGAGGCCGUAGCUAAUCUAGAGCAGGAUGCUGCUGGGUCUAAAGAUGCUGAAUGAAGAACACAUUAACACUUAGGGGAAAAACAUGGAGCUUUAUAACCGUAUUGUUGGGAUAAAAAAACUUAUUUGAGAUUUACGUGACCAAAAUACAAUCGUUUUGACAUUUUCAUUGUAAUAGUGAUUCGACAUAAGGCUGUAAAAAGCUGCAAAGCUAUGAUGACUACACUUGUUUGGUUGUUUUACUAGUCUUCAUGAUCAGAUUCUGAA